AUGAGCAAAACACAAAAACCACAAUGUCGCACCAAUAACUACAACAAAUAUCCAGAAUAUCCACCACUACAGCAAUUUCCUCCUCCUUCAGCACAAAAAAGUGUGCUUAAAAACUUCGAAAAAAUUAUCAAAAAGUUCAAAAAUGUAAAGCUAACAACAGCAAUGCGAUGCCACUUAUCAGAUCUCGCCAAAGCACAAACACCAAAUGAAUCCAGAGCAAUAGUUCGAGACAUAUUUCUCGAUAGUUCAAUGUCUCGCUUGGAACAAUACGCAUUGAUUAGUAAUCUGUCAAAACUUCGAUUAUCAUCAAUAGGGAGUGAUGCAUGGGCCGACAAAGUCCAGCAAUAUGUUGAUAAAUAUCCAGAAUUUAAUAAACCGGCAGUUUACAAGACUGACGAUUUUUUGUGUUGGAUUCCGGACGACAUCAAUACUCUCGAAAAUAUUCUCCAACAUUUGGAGAAUGCCAAGAACAGUCUAAUUCACAAAUAUACUGGCAGGGAACCAUACUCAAAAUUGAUCCAAGAUUGGUUUCCAAAAUGCACCAACCAUCCUUUUGACGAUGAAUCACUUGAACUAUUUCUUGAUGGGCUUAUUGACGCCUGCUAUGACCAAAUUUUUCCGACUGAUGACAAUGAGUCACUUGGAUCUAAUAAGUAUUUGACUGAAGAUCGUUCUCUUCAACUGGCUUUGUUGGAUGGAGUUGCUCGAAAAGUUCCUCGUGAAAGAGAAGGAAUAGGAUAUGAAUGGGCAGCCCCUUCUGAAAGGACUGAGGUGGAACAUCUAUUCCCACCUGGAAGGUUUUUGGAACAUCGAACAUAUAUCAUUAUAGCCCCACCUGGAAGGACUGAUGCGAAACCAUGUUUUUUACAUGUUCCCGGUGCAGAAGCAGUAGGCUUAUUACAAACCUCACAUAAAACACGUUUUUUAGCUCGCCAAUGUUCGUGGCAUCCUUCACGACUUCGAAAUCUACGUCCACAGACUUCUCCGGAAUCUGGUUAUAUUAAUAAAAAACAUGGAAUACAUAUAACAAUGGUAGGUAAAUGUCCAGGAUGUGGAUAUUCUCCAAGGUCAGGUAAAACCCGAGAUCUAGAUAAGCACAUAAAUUUAACUGGAAACCUUCCGCCAGUAGAUAAUCAAGCACUGAAUCCGGAAGGAGAUAUCAUAUCAUUCAAUGAAAAUCCGCUAACAGCACACCCACCAGCACGAGAAAAAAAUGAGCUGGCAAUAGAUCCAGAGAUGGAAUCUACAGAUAAUGGAGAAACAAUUAUGGGAGCAUAUAAAAGAAUUAACAAUGAGUCAGAAGCUAUUGCUAAAAAAAAUGGUAAAAUUGAUAUGCGUAAAUCUGGAAAUUAUACAUUAACCACUAUAAAAUUUUUCAAAAAAACCACUUUAGCGCCACAAAAAAGUAAAAAGAUAAGUGAACAAGAAGGUGCAUGGGUAGAUUUAGCAACAACUGGUGCUCUAAUAUUUGCCGAAAGAUAUGAAGGAGAAGCUAUUCAAUAUGAUGUAAACUCAAUGUAUGUAUUUGAAAUGAUGAAAAAGAAUGUAACAUGGCCGAUUGCACCAGUAACAUUAAUGAGCAUAUCACCAAAUGCACUUAUUUAUGAAAGAAAUGCUCGUAUAACAGGAAAAGAAAUGUUUGGAGAAUGGAGUGAUAUACUGUACAAUAUUAAAAAAGAAGGAGGAAUAGCAGGAAAGGUUGCAUCAUCACGUAAAACAAUCUCAGAAAUUGUAAAACCAUUAAAAGAUCAAGUAAAGCGCAUACAUACAGAUGGAUUUAUAGUAGCAGGGCAAGUAAAUCUUAAAACAGGUAUAGAAAUGGGCGAGUUAAAUCUUGAGAAAAGAGGAAUUUGUACAGUAAAAAAUUGUAUAACAGUUUCAUGGGAACAACCAUAUCCAGAAAUACCAAAUUUGAUUACGAAUAAUAUUUCUUCAGACUUAGAACAAAUACAAGAAGAGCAGGACUCAAAGUCGACACAAAUUAUAGCUAAAAAAAAGAUCGAUGUAGAGGCAGACACAAAGUGUAAGAAAGAACUUCUUGCAGGUAUAGAGAAUCUAUAUAAUCUUUAUUAUGAGUUAUCCAAAAAGGAGCGACCUAUGACUGAGGCAGAAAUUGAGGAAGCAACUGAGGAUGUACUUGUAGAUAUUUCACUUCUUAAAACUAAAGCAGAUUUAAAAGAUCACUUAAUAAAAUCCGCACGUUUGAUACAAGCUUUCAAUAGUUGCUUAAAAAUCAAUGAUACAUGGUACGCGGAAGCAAGGCAUGAACUAUAUAUGAGACACAGAACACUUAGAAAGCAAUAUUGGAAAAUGGUAUCUGAAAGAGAGAUGGAAGAUAAGAAAUUUCACAAUGAAAAUGAUAUAUGGGCAUAUUUGGAACCGGAUGAAAAUGUUAACAACCAUAUUAAUAAAAUGGAAACUCUAGAUGGAAAAUGUUUCGAAAUUUUCAAAGCACAGGUGCAUUAUCCCGUCUUCUCGCAUAUAUGCUCGAAGCCAGAUAUUAGACAAGUUAACCAAUUUUCUGAAUCUUUAUACAAUGCUAUCUAUUUAUCUUUUUCCGAACCAGAGAGGAAAAAGUGUCCCGCACAUGAUGGAUAUCAAAUUUCUGGUCCUUCUAUGAAUCGGUUAAAAGAAAAAGGACCAAUACGAUCUUUGCAAGUUGAUGAUCAAAAAUUAAUACAUCGAUAA